AUGGCGAUUCUCGACCUCGAGACUUUCAAGUCACUCACUUCCCUCACCUUCAACUUCGAGACUCUCUCCGAUACUGUCACUUCCACGAAAGAUUCGUCGUACUCUGUUUCAUCUCCGGUUACUUCUGGUGAUCGCGUCGACGGAGGUUGUAUUUGCUCGAGGAUGGUCUCUCUUUGUGAAGAUUCACGUUAUUCUGUUAAAGAUGGUAUCAAUCGCGAUGGUUAUGAUACUGAUGAAGAAGAUGACUUUGACUACUAUGAUGAUCUCGAUGAUGAUCAUGAGCUGGUAAAGAUUCAGAGGAUUAGGAAAACGGGAAAGAGAACAUUCUGGAAAAACGUUACGUUGAAGAAGAAGAAGUAUUCGUAUUCGCAGUUGAAACCUGGGUGUGUUCAUGGCAAGCAUGGACUCGAUAUCAAAUUCAGGUGCUGA